CUCUCUAUCAAAGCGAAGAUUGCUUUCGACUGUACAUCAAUGGCGGUCAAAGGUCUCUGGAAUUCGAUCGACGAGUUUUUGAACCAGUGCAAACAAUCAGGAGACACUGCUUACGCUGCACUGAGAUCACUUCUUGAAAGGCUUGAAAAUCCAGAUACAAGGACCGAAGCUAGGAUAUUCUUAUCUCAUCUACAGAAACGAUUUCCUACUAAGGAAGAGUCUGAUCAAUGUAUUGAGACAUUUCACUUCCAAAUUCAAGAUAUCUACCUUGAGCAAGCUGAAGGUUAUCAGAAGAGGAAGAAAUUGACAAUGAUGGUGAUCCCUAGCAUAUUUAUGCCAGAAGACUGGUCGUUUACUUUUUAUGAAGGAUUGAAUAGACAUCCUGAAACUAUAUUUAGAGAUAAAACAGUUUCUGAAUUAGGUUGUGGUAAUGGAUGGAUAUCUAUUGCUAUUGCUGAGAAGUGGUUACCAUCAAAGGUUUAUGGUUUGGAUAUUAAUCCUAGAGCUAUCAAGAUUUCUUGGAUAAACUUAUACCUGAAUGCUUUAGAUGAAAAUGGUGCUCUAAUCUUUGAUAGUGAGGGGAAGACUCUACUUGACAGGGUGGAGUUUCAUGAAUCUGAUUUGCUUGGUUAUUGUAGAGAUAAUCAUAUAGAACUUGAGAGAAUCAUUGGCUGUAUACCUCAGAUUCUUAAUCCGAAUCCGGAUGCUAUGUCAAAGUUGAUUACUGAAAAUGCAAGCGAGGAGUUUCUGUAUUCAUUGAGCAACUAUUGUGCUCUUCAGGGCUUUGUCGAGGAUCAAUUUGGACUGGGUUUAAUUGCAAGGGCAGUUGAAGAAGGAAUUUCUGUUAUCAAGCCUCUUGGAAUAAUGAUUUUCAAUAUAGGAGGCCGUCCUGGACAAGGUGUUUGCAAGCGAUUGUUUGAACGUCGUGGCGUGCUAGUUAAUAAAAUGUGGCAGACUAAAAUUCUUCAGGUAUUUACUUCUUCACUGAUAAUAUUAUACCUAUCAAAGUGUGCACUUGUUGAAAUUUGCUGUUUGCAGGCUGCUGAUACAGAUAUCUCAGCAUUGGUAGAGAUAGAGAAGAAUAGUCGACAUCGUUUUGAGUUCUUCAUGGGGAUUACUGGAGAUCAGCCAAUAUGUGCUCGAACAGCAUGGGCCUAUGGAAAGGCAGGUGGUCGUAUUUCUCAUGCUUUAUCAGUAUAUAGUUGUCAAAUUCGUCAACCAAAUCAGGUUAAAACAAUCUUUGAGUUUCUCAAGAAUGGAUAUCAUGACAUCAGCAAUUCUCUAGACUUAUCUUUUGUGGAUGAUUCUGUUGCUGAUGAAAAGAUCUCGUUCCUAGCUUAUCUUGCUAGUAUGCUCAAAGAAAUUUCCUACUUGCCCUAUGAGCCUCCUGCUGGAAGCAAACGAUUCAGGAAUCUCAUUGCAGACUUUAUGAAAACUUACCAUCACGUUCCUCUUACAGCUGAUAAUGUUGUGGUUUUUCCUUCUAGGGCAGCAGCAAUUGAGAAUGCUCUACGGUUAUUCUCACCCCGACUUGCUAUAGUUGACGAACAUCUCAGUCGGCAUCUACCUAGGAAAUGGUUAACAUCAUUGGCAAUACAGAAUUCAGAGACGGAGGAUACUCUUACUGUAAUUGAAGCCCCACGCCAGUCAGAUUUGAUGAUAGAGCUGAUUAAGAAGUUGAAGCCACAAGUGGUAGUAACUGGAAUAGCUAGUUUUGAGGCUAUCACUAGUUCGGCUUUUCAGCACCUUCUUGAUGCCACAAGAGAAAUUGGAUCUCGUCUUUUCUUGGAUAUUUCAGACCACUUUGAGUUAUCCAGUUUACCCAGUGCGAAUGGUGUCCUGAAAUAUCUUUCAGGAACAUAUCUACCCUCGCAUGCGGCAAUUAUCUGUGGCUUAUUGAAAAAUCAGGUUUACUCUGAUCUGGAGGUAGCCUUUGUUAUCUCUGAAGAAGAAAGUAUUUUUAAAGCAAUGUCCAGGACAGUAGAACUAUUAGAAGGGAAUACUGCAUCAAUCAGCCAACACUAUUAUGGUCGUAUUUUACAUGAUCUUCUGGCUUUUCAGCUUUCUGAUCGUCAUCCACCUGCUGAGAGACAAUUUGAGAAAGAGAAAGCUGGCGAGAUGAUUGGAUUUGCUAGUUCUGCCAUCUCUGUGCUUAAAGAUGCUGAGUUAUCAGUAACUUCUUCAGAUAAAAUUCCCCUAAUUCACAUGGACGUUGAUAAAAGUUAUUUACCCAUGCCAUUUUCAGUAAAAGCAGCUAUUUUUGAAAGUUUUGCAAGGCAAAAUGUGGCAGAAUCUGAAACCGACGUUACAACCGCAAUCCAAAAUUUUGUCAAUGAUACCUAUGGAUUCUCAACAGACAGCAGUUCCGAAGUCAUAUAUUCAGACUGCCAACUCCCUCUUCUUAACAAGCUUGCUCUCUGUUGCAUCCAAGAAGGGGGAACAUUAUGCUUCCCAUCUGGUUCAAACGGGAAUUUUGUGUCAGCUUCUAGGUUUCUGAAAGCCAAUGUUUUCAAUAUCCCUACAAUAUCAGAAAAUGGAUUUAAAUUAUCUGAAGAUGUACUUGUAAGUGCACUUGAGACUGUGAACAAACCGUGGUUGUAUCUGUGUGGUCCAACAAUCAACCCAACCGGCUUGAUUUACAGCAACGAAGAGUUGGAAAUAAUUUUGUCAGUGUGUGCCAAAAUUGGAGCCAGGGUUAUAAUUGACACUUCUUUCUCGGGACUUGAGUUCGAUGCUAAGAACUCGGAUGCAUGGGAUUUGACUAACAUUUUAAAUAAACUGCAUGAAUCUAGCAAACCAUCUUUCUGCACUUUUCUACUGGGAGAGCUGUCAUUGAAGACACUUACUGGAGGGCUCACAUUUGGAUUUCUGGUUCUAGGCGAGCCUGACUUGAUUGAUGAAUUUCACAGCUUAUCAGGGUUAAGCAAACCCCACAAGACUCUUAAAUAUUCCGCCAAGAAGCUUUUGGAACUUAGGGGGCAGAAAUCGAGUGUUUUCAUGACUUCUGUUGAAGAACAAAAGCAGCUUCUUAAAAUCAGGUCCAAGCGUUUGAAGGAGACUCUUGAGAAAUGCGGGUGGGAUGUGAUCGAGUCACAUGGUGGAAUUUCAAUGUUGGCUAAACCAUCUGUGUACUUGGGCAAGACUAUUAAGCUUAAUGGAGGAGGAGAUGACAUGACCAAUUCUUUUGAAUCCAAUCUGGAUGAUGACUCAAAUAUUCGAGAAGCAAUGCUAAAGUCUACGGGAUUAUGCAUUUACAGUGGUAAAUGGACAGGAGCUCCCGGGUAUUGUCGAUUCACAUAUGCUCUGGAAGAGAGCCAAUUUGAGAGUGCAUUGGAUUGCAUAUUAAAGUUCAAAGACAUAGUUAACAUCUGAGGUAACUAAAUGCUGAUUGACUGAUUCAUUGCUUUUUGCGAAUUAGGUUUCGCUAAAUAAGCAGCUUUAAGAUAAGUUCUGGGAUUUAGCUCGAGUUCUGAUUCCUUUUCUAGCUUUGCGUUGAUUGUUUAAAUUUCGCAAAAACUGUAUUAAUUGACAUUUGACAAUGCUGUGAUUGUUUAAAUUGUAUGGGCUUAGUUUGCAAUC